AUGGAUGGGAUGAAAGGAUGGAUGCAGGGCGAGUCCCCAUCCGGACAAGGCGAGAAGUUUCCAAAAGUUGCGAUGUGUCCGUUUCCUCUUUUUAAUUAUCUCGAAGCCGCUACUGUACGGUCAUUUCUGGUAUAUACGUAUAGUUCCAGAGCUUCUCGAGUAAAGCGUCAUGCAGGUGCUGGAGAAACGCCUUACAUGAAUGUCCGCCAGGGCGCUAUCAGCUGCACGUUUGGGGACCCACCGCCAAUCACGGGGCGACUUGACAUCGUCCGUCCAGUUACCGCCGGCACAGUUGCAUCCUCCCAAGAGGCGGGUCUCCCUCUAAGCACCGCCCGGUUCAACCAAACACUGCGCUUCAUUCCGUUUCUUACCCCCCCUCCUUCCUCCAUCCAACAUACACAACAGAAAAAAAAAAACUUUUCACCCGACCUGCAGCAUACUGGAGCCGGGCUUGCAGUGGCUUCGAAUUGUUACUUGGCAAAUUUGAUCAACAUGGUGUGUGCGUUCUACACCCUCCAGAUUGGUCCAGAAAUCCUUCCGCCCUUCAAACAAAAAUUGCAUACUACUAGUCCUCCGUUACUGCAUCAGCCAAGUCCAAGGGUCGGCGAUCGGGAUACCCGCUUCGAGGGAUUCGGAAAGAUUGCUCCACUCUUCGCCAGAGCCGAAGAAUGGCACUCCUUCGUUUGACCGUUGCAGUGAUACUGUAUUGUGUGUAUGCUUCCAUCCUGAAACCGAUGUUGACUGAUAUCAAUGAAGUAACUUUGGGAUAUCCAUUGGUACCGAGAGGGGAAACGCGAUAACAACUAUCUACUCCUACUAUGAGGAAUGCCAAAAUUUUGAGAGAUCGCUUAUCAAUUCAUCAUGGCCUUGUCCAACUGAGUAAUCCAGAGUACCCCGCUAGAUAGAGUUUCCGGAGAAGGCUAACCAGUCAUUUGAGGUAUGGGUCCGUAUUUAUCAAUUGUAUCUGGGCGCUUUCAAUUCUUUCUUGAUAGGAUCCGGUAGACAAGGGAACGAAGCUGAGUUGACGAACAACUGGAUUUAACAACGGACCUUUCCCGACGGUCGCCACCGACUGGUUUAUGGAUACAACGAUGAUUUGAUGGAUGUAAAAAGGGC